AUGGAUCAUUUCAAUUCAUUGUCAAGAGAUGAUCUUCGUAAAGAAGUCAUUAAACUUCUUGAUAUAAUGUCCGGAGGUGUAAAAAGUAAAAGAAUCCUUAAAUCUCAACAAUUAAGAUCUAUGAGUACCUCAGAACUUCUGACAUUUAUUAGAGAACAUUUACAAAUAAACCAAGCUGAAAUUAGAGAUAUUCCACUUACGCUUAAGGAAGUAUUUCCCUUCGAAGAUCUUAUUUUUAGUGAUUACAAAGAAACUAGAAAAGGAAUUGUAAGAACAACAACCUAUAGAGACAAAAGCAAAGAUAUACAUUUUCAUAAAUACUUUGAUCUUUUUGAGAAAAGAGGAAUCGAAUAUUAUAUAAGAAUCAUUACAAAAAUAAUGAAUUCUUUCUUCGAAAAGAACAAAAAUUUUGUAAUUAAUGACAUCAGAAGUGAUACUUCAGUCAAAAUAUAUUUGAAACUAGAGUUCAGACAAAUGAAGGACUCUCAAAAAGAAGAAAACUUUGCUGUAAGAUCUGAAACUAAGGAAUUGUGUGUUGGUGAAGAUCGAGAAGAAUGGUAUCAACAUGCAUGUCAAGAACUGAUGAUGAACAUGGAGAAUUUGCAAUCAAGAGGUUCUGGUUGGACUAUUUCAGGAAUAAAUUACCUUGAGAUGAACCAGACUAUGUGUCAUUCGCCUAGUGGUUCUUCCUACAUGGAUCUUCCAAAAUGUAUUAAUGUUAAACAUUGCGUCAUUAAUCCUAAAAAUAAUGAUGACAAGUGUUUUAUGUGGUCUAUAUUAGCUCAUCUUCAUCCAGCAAAAGAUCAUGUUUCAGAAAUUUAUAAUUACACUCCUUAUCAAAAUGAACUGAACUUUGGAGAUCUAACUUUUCCAAUGAAAAUUAAAGAUAUAAAUAAGUUUGAGAAAAUGAAUGAUCUUGUUGUAAAUGUGGUAGAAUGUACUGAAAAAGGACAAAUAAAUCCAUUACGUCCUUCAAGAGGAAUCACUGCUGAUGAUAGCAAAGUUAUCAACUUAUUAUAUUAUGAAAAUGAAGAAGGAAAUUCACAUUACUCCCUAAUCAAAAAUCUUGAUACCCUUAUGAAUAAACGAGGAGAGCAUCAAAAAAAGUUCUGUGUUAGAUGUCAUUGCUCUUAUAAUGUAAAUAUGAAUGAUAAGAGUAGAUCAAAUUAUCACAGACACCUCGAGGACUGUGGUAAAAACAAACCGGUUUCACACAAACUAUCCAAGAAAACAUCUGUAAAGUUCAAAAAUAUCAGUAAUACGCAAAAGCAUAGAUACGUCAUUUAUGCAGACUUUGAAAGUAUCAUUGAGAAAUAUCAAAGAGCACUAGAUAAUCCAAAAGAAUCAUGGACUACAGAUGUUGGAAAACACAUUCCAGCUGGAUUUUGUGUUGUUGUAGUUGAUUCUUAUGAGAAAAAAUAUCAUGAUCAUUGGACUGGAGAAUAUCGUGGACCUCUUUGUGGAGCAUGCAACAUAUUGAAAAGAAAGAAUACAUUCAUUCCAGUUUUCUUUCACAAUCUUAAAGGAUAUGAUUCUCAUCUCAUUAUUAGUUGUCCAGAAAGUACUGAAUUCUUGAAAGAUUAUGGAAUUGAUAUCAAAAACAUUUCUAGCAACACUGAAAAGUUUAUUAGCUUCAGUUAUCAUCUUCCCUCUGAAAGUAGAAAUUUUUACGACAGAUGCGAAAUUAGAUUUCUUGAUUCUUUCUCUUUCAUGUCUUCAUCGCUAGAUAAACUUGUUCAAAACAUGUGUAGUGAUGACAUGUAUAUUACUAAAGAUUAUUAUUCUUAUCAUAAUGAAAGACCUGGUGAUAGUGAAGAACUAGAAAAAUUUGAAAUAAUGCAAAGAAAAGGUGUAUAUCCCUAUGAAUACAUGGAUUCUUUUAAGAGAUUCCAAGAAACGAAACUACCCAAUAUUUCUUCAUUUUUUGAUAUGUUAAACGGAAAAUCUUGCAGUACAAAGGAUUAUCUAUAUGCUAAGUUAGUUUGGAAUAAAAUGAACUGUAAGAAUUUAAAAGAUUAUGCUGAAAUUUAUAUGAUCAAUGAUGUCCUUCUCUUGGCAGAUGUUUUUGAGAAUUUUAGAAACUUGAGUCUCCGGGUUUAUGAGCUUGAUCCUUGUUGGUAUUUCACAAGUCCGGGAUUAGCUUGGGAUGCUAUGUUAAGAAAAACUAAAGUAGAAUUAGAAGUACUUCAAGAUGUUGAGAAAUACCUGAUGAUUGAGAAGGGAAUAAGGGGUGGUAUUGUUAAUGCUGUCAAAAGAUACUCUAAGGUUAAUAAUAAAUACACUAAUACUUUUGAUCCAUCAAUUCCUUCAAAUUAUCUAUUGUACUUAAAUGCCAAUAAUUUAUAUGGUUGGGCAAUGUGUCAAAAUUUACCUACUGGAGAUUUUCAAUUCGAAACUCAAUCUUCAAUUGAUAUUCUCAAUGAUGAGAGUUUAAAAAUAAAGGACUAUAUUGAUUAUUUUAAAAAUUUAGGUAAAGGAUGUAUUUUCGAAGUAGAUUUGGAAUAUCCUAAGGAAUUACACUCAAAGCACAAUGAUUUUCCUCUGUGUCCAGAAAAUGUGAAAAUUGAUAAACAAACCGUAAAAAAGUUGUGUAAUACAUUAUUUGAUAAAGAGAAAUAUGUUAUUCAUUAUGAAAACUUGUUGCAAUGUCUGCAAUUAGGACUAAAAAUUAAAAAGAUACAUCGAAUUCUUAAUUUUAAAGAGAGUAAUUGGUUAGCUCCUUACAUUGAAAUGAAUACUAAUCUUCGAAAACAAGCAAAAAAUGAGUUUGAAAAACACUUCUUCAAAUUAAUGAAUAACUCAGUUUUUGGAAAAACUAUGGAAAAUGUUAGAGAACGAGUUGAUGUUCGUUUAGUUACUGACGAGGAUAAAAUAAUUAAACUAGCCUCAAAACCUAACUACAAAAGAACCAUAAUGUAUAACAAAGAGUUAUCUGCUGUAGAAAUGGAGAAAACAAAUAUAACACUUGAUAAACCUAUUUAUGUCGGUUUUGCUAUUCUAGAUCUGAGUAAGUGGUUAAUGUAUGAUUUUCAUUAUAAUGUAAUGCAGAAAAAGUAUGGAUAUCAAAACGUAGAGUUAUGUUAUCAAGAUACUGACAGUCUCAUAUAUGACAUCAAUACUGAAGAUUUCUACAAAGAUGCGGAAAAAGAUAUAGAUUUUCAAAAAUAUUUCGAUUUUAGUGAUUAUCCGAAAGAUCAUGUAUUAUACUCAGAAGAAAAUAAAAAAAUUGUUGGAAAAUUCAAAGAUGAAUUGAAUGGUAAAAUUAUGACUGAAUUACUUGCUUUAAAACCUAAACAAUAUGGUUUUAAGACUCUAGAUGGUGAAGAAACUAAGAAAAGUAAAGGAAUAAAGAAAAAUAUUGUCAAGAAUGAACUGUCACUCGAUGAUUAUAAGCAUAGCCUUUUUAACAAGACUAUUAUUAGGAAAACUCAAUAUACUAUCAGAAGUGUUAAACAUACUAUUUUCACACAAUGUCAGAAUAAAGUAGCUCUCAAUAACUCUGAAAAUUCUACAGAACAUAAACGUUACAUAAUAAAAGAUAAUCACUCGACAAUGGCAUUUGGAAAUGUGAAUAUCAAACCGGAGGUUCUGGGAAUCUGA